CUUCACAGUUUUCCUAGCUGCAGCUGUGUGUAUGUGUGUGUGUGUUGACGUUUCAUUCAACCUUAGUCCAGACAGGUAUAGGGGAGGUUGACCGAAGACAGGUUUAGGGGAGGUUGAACGAAGCGAGGUUUAACAAUGCUGAGAAGAGACCUUGUGAGACGCAUCAGCCGGGUGACCUCAAGCUUUGUACGAGGUCAGACCUAUGCCACUGAGACAGACUGUAAACCUUUUCAAGAUAUUCCUGGACCUAAAGGGAUCUACCAAUGGCCUCUGAUUGGCACCAUGCUGUUGUUUAAGCCAUUCACCGAGUUCACCGCUGAGACCGUCCACAAGCUGAUCGACUCCAUGUUUGACAGGUACGGCCCCGUGGUGCGGCUCCAGCUGGGCCGGGAGAUGGUGAUGGUGUCUGACGUCAGAGACAUCGAGACGGUCUUCAGGAGGGAGGGCAAGUACCCCAACCGUCCGCCUAUAGAGCUGGUGGAAGUCUUGUUUGAAAGAAAUGGCUACAAGAAAUCGAUAAUGAUUGAACAGGGAGAGAACUGGUAUAAACUACGCUCUGCUGUCAACAAGAGAUUGAUGAAGGCCGACUCAGCCUCCCAUUACCUGGAGCCCCAGAACUUGGUGGCUGAUGAUUUUGUUCAGAUUUUGGCCAAUCAGAAGCUUGAACCUGAGCAGUUGUCUGAUCUGUUCUACAGAUAUGCUUCAGAGAGUAUCGGAGUUGUAACAUUCAACAAAAGACUUGGAUUUAUGGAUGGGUCUGCCGAUAAAGAAGAAAGAGAAUUUCUGGAAGCUUCUAAAGUCGCAUUUGAACAGAUUCAUAUGAGCAUGAGUGGCAAAUCUGUCCUGCACAAGUUCUACAGAAAUAAAACAUACAGGACCUUUGAGCAAGCUAUAUGGGUAAUGAAAAGAAACUCAUCUGCGCAUGCAGCUAAAGCAAGGGAAAUAAUCAAACAGAAAGAAAAGGAAGGAACUCUAAAUCCCGAGGAGCCAAAUCUUCUUCUCUCCCUUGCGUCGGAAAAAAAUUUUUCCGAUGAAGAUGUGUCGAAUAUGAUUGAUUCACUGUAUACAGCCGGAACUGAUUCUACAGCCAAGAAUUUACAAGCAAUUUUCUUCAACUUAGCGAGAAAUCCGGAAAAGCAAGAACUCUUACGUCAAGAAGUUGACCGAGUUAUUGGUCCUGACAAGCCUUUAACAGCCAAAGCCCUUACUGAGAUGGUCUAUCUAAAAGCUUGUGUUAAAGAAUCGUUCAGGCUACUGUUUCCAACAUUAAGUGGGACGGGUCGUGUUCUACCUGUUGAUGUCGUCCUGGGUGGGUACAGGGUACCAGCUGGGACAUUUAUCAUACUUGGUAAUCCCAGAGCAUCCAAGGUUUAUUUUGAUGAGCCGGAUAAUUUUAUCCCAGAACGAUGGUUGCGGUCAGGUCCUAGCCACAAGCAGGACAGCACACAAACCCUGGCAGUUUUGCCGUUUGGCCACGGACCUCGUAACUGUAUUGGUCAGAGAUUUGCCACGCAGGAGAUGUAUCUGGCCACAGCAAAGGUGUUACAGAAGCUAAAAAUAGAGCUAGAACCAGAGUCUUGGAACACAGAGUUCGUCUACAGAGUUUUUAUUGACCCGAAGGUGCCGCUGAAGUUUAAGUUUAGUCCAGUACAGCAAGCAUAACCUGAUUACUACUGGUGAACUUGACUCUUUAUAUUAGCUAUGUAUACGACUGUGAAAUGGUUGAUACAUUAUACUGUGAAAUGGUUCAUAGGUUCACUGUGAAAUAGUUAAUAGGUUCAAUGUGAAAUAGUUAAUAGGUUCACUGUGAAAAAGUUAAUAGGUUCAAUGUGAAAUAGUUAAUAGGUUCAAUGUGAAAUAGUUAAUAGGUUAAACUGUGAAAUAGUUAAUAGGUUCACUGUGAAAUAGUUAAUAGGUUCACUGUGAAAUAGUUAAUAGGUUCACUGUGAAAUAGUUAAUAGGUUCACUGUGAAAUAGUUAAUAGGUUCACUGUGAAAUAGUUAAUAGGUUCACUGUGAAAUAGUUAAUAGGUUCAAUGUUAAAUGGUUAAUAGGUUCACUGUGAAAUAGUUAAAAGGU